AUGUCCGACAACGACGUCUGUGACCAUCCAGGAUGCGGCAUGGGACCAUUCCCGACCUACGAGAUCGCGCGAAAGCACCGAUACCGCUACCACUCCGUCCCUAUCACAUUCCUGAUUGAUGGGAACGAGCAUGUUGUAGGCCAAUCGGACGGGCGUUAUACCUGCCCGCUCCCGGAGUGUAAGAUCGUCUUCAAAAAGCGUGAAGCUAUCCAGAAGCACAUCAACGUCGUCCACAAUGACUCGGUCAAAAUCAAGGUCUUUGACGCUUCUGAGUUUGUCGUAGCCUCCAAACAGGUUCUCGUUCAGGACAGCGGUGUCCAUGAUGGGACUGGCAACGUCAUAUGCCCCGAGGAUGUCUGGUCUGACGAUUUAGUCCCAGAACCUCCGUCCCAUCAGGAUAUCUGCAGCGGAGGUUCUAGAUUCUCUCGGCGUGUGCCUUCACAGCCAUUUGAGGAUCCUUAUCUGCUACUCGUGCAAGGCCGCAUUGACCUCUGGGAUGGUCUCUGGACACAGGAAAAAGCAUCAUCAUGUGUAUCAGAAUAUUGUUCACAGUCGAAUGUUCACGAGAAGCCGGAGCAUGUCAAGCUACCAAAAGCAGGUGGACCCCCUGUACAGAUGAUUGCGUCUCCAGUUGAAGGUUUUUCAUGCACUGCAUCCGCUGACUGCGUGUAUGCCGUCAAGGAUUUAGGAACCAUUCAGCGCCAUGCCAGAGAGAGGCACGGCGCCACUGGCUUAAAGGAGAUCCAGCAUCGGUCCUGUCAGGUCCAACACAUUUUUACCGCUGUUGGAAACUCCUAUUUUGAGGUUGGGCAGAACGUCCUUCCAUCUGCCAGACCCGAUGUAAAAUCCACCCUGAAGGCUACAUUCCUACCUGCAGUCGACCUUUCAUUGGUCGUUCCAGCCAAUACCGAACGGGAGAGGACCCCCCUGAUGCGCUUCAUGGGUUGGGACAAGUUUGAGGUAGAAAUCCGAAUGAAUCCCAAGCAGAGGCGGGCAGCAGAAGAAAUAAAAAAAAAGCAUAGUGAUGAUGAAUUUGGCGGCAUUCUUACCUGUCUGGCUGUUGCAGUGCGAGACCACAUGACUAGGGCAUCCACCAUCUUGGACGGUCAUCCUCACCGGUUAAGCCUGUCGAAGAUUUUGUUGUAUGGUGAGGCAAUACCGCGAGAAACGGACAAUCAUUGGAGGCCUGUGUCGGAUGAAAACAUCGAGUAUCCAAACUUCGUUGUUCAAUUCAUGAGGAACAUCAUGCGCAUUCACCUCGGAUUCCCAUUGGAUUUCUCGUUCGAGCUGUCUGCUGCGCAGACCCUGUGUCUCGAGGAACUUGUGACUGUCCUGGGCGACGAGAAUGCCUCCCCACGAAAGAGAAUGAUUUUCUACCAUAAUUUGGCGUGGUCCCUAGUCGAUACAGAUCCAGAUUUGUGCAUGGGCCAGCGAUGGGCAAACCCUAUCAAACGAGCCAUCUGGCUCAGGGCGUUGCGUGCGGACGGAAACUUCUGUGAAGCGUCCGUCCUUACACCAGAUCUUGCAAAGUUUAAAUAUCUUUGCAACGUCACCUCCCUCCUCGAGGCGCUGAUGGACAAAGAUGAGGAUACGGACUCAGUGCAUUCCGACGACCAUGACCGCGUUGCUCGUGUUCAUGAUCGGGCGCUACGCCUCGGCCGUCCGACUACGUUCAAUAUCAUCUAUGAGAUGCAGCAAUAUGCAUCCUCUUUGGUGUUCAGUCAAACCAGAGAACCCAAUGUCUAUGUCGAUCCAGACGUUCAAUCCAUCACGAUAGGCGUCCACACCAUGCACAUGGACAAGCUGAGAGACGGAAUACAAAGGCUCCUCCAAGUGUCAAAGUCGCGCUAUUCCGCCCUCACUAAUCACGUUUUCAUGUUGAAGAUGGUGCCGGAGCAUGUCAAGGACGACCUCACCAGCUCUACGCGUGGCUAUUCGUUCGUAUCGGAGGACCCUUUUUUUAAAAAUCGCCAUGCCUUGUUCUUUCACUUGGUGGAUCACUACGAUUUGGCAAUAGUCGACAAUGCAGGACGACUCGCAUGGAACAUCCCCGGCAUCAAGGAACUGCUCAGACGCUCGUCGUGCGUCUGGGAGCCUCUCUACCAUCUGCUUUACAUCACCACCCACAUCUCAUGUCGCGGAACUCAGUUCAUAGACCACAAGAUUAGCAAUUCGGACAGGCAUCGCAACCUCUUCAUGCAGGGGAUGGAAAUGUUCCUCCUGACAGCCUACAGCAAAAGGACUGGAAUCACCGAUCGAGACUCGUGCACCCCAGGAUUUGUUCCGAAGGACAUCGCAUUCUUGGUCCUCGAAAUGAUCGCGGGGGGGUUGCGCACUGCGGAAGCUAUCCUUGCUGGGAUUGCAUAUGGAGCAGAGGCCGAGCAUUUGUACAGGACGUACCUGUGCGUCGGUGAGGGCGAGAGAACCAGUCCUACAAGGUUUUCCGCCAACAUUCAGCAGUGGAACCACGAUUACUUCGACUGUCGAUGGGGAGUAAGAGAUUUCCGCCAGGGCGCGAUAACCAUCGGUCGUGAAUUCAUCGCUCCAGACGACUCUUAUGAUCAAGCCGACAACAUCCUCGCUGAAUCCGCCGAUCACUCCACUGGUGUGGACCAUGCCCACUACGCCAUCAUCCAAGGAGUCGUCCCUAGAUUGUCCAACAACAGCAUGUCCAAGCACAGAUGGCUUGGAGAUCAGUGGCACAGUGUCCUUGGUCUUGGCCCCUAUCCGCCUCCAGAGGCAAUCAGAAUCAGGCGCAAGAAUAUGUCCAAUGGGACGACGCUCCAGGCCAUCGCAGAUGUGGUCAAGAAGACCACGCAAGAAACUAUCAAAGAAUUUUUGGACGCACACCGCACUGACAUCUUGAAGGACGCAAUUUCUACAGCCGCAAUCCAACAGCGAAAAGACGCGAUGGAUGAUGCACCGGAAAUUCCAUCACCACUUUCAACCACCUGGAACGGGGGGUCAUUUCACUUGAGCAGUAAUAUGGAGUCCCUGUUCUACGACGAAAGCGACGGUAUCAGGCGAGACCCUGCUGCCUCAUCUGGUCCCAGUGGGUACAAUAACAACAGUGUUAACACGUCCUCUGUUGUUGUGUCGCCCACCGCAAGCGGUUAUAUUCAAUGCGGGGCAAUGCUUUCGGACUCCCCAAUCCCA